GUAAAUUUAGUUUGUAUCGGAUUGAACAUCUUCCAGGGUACAACAACACCAGUUUAAUCAAUAUUUGAAUGUGAUUUGCAUAAAAAAAAUGUCAGACAGUGAAGGCAGCAAUUAUUCUGGAAGUGAAAAUGAAGAGAGUGAGGCUGAGCAGGAGGACAACAAGAGCGAGGCCGGGUCAGACCAAGAAUCUGAUGGGGGCGUGGCGGAAGAUGAAGCAGAAGAAGUGACGGAACAGGAGGCAGCUGCAGAAGAGCCAGAGGGGGAAGAGGAGCCUGAAGGGGAGGAUCUGGAUGAAGAGGAUGAGGAGGAUGAAGAUGACGAAGAUGACGAUGAUGAUGAUGAUCGUGGCAAAAGAAAGCGCAAGAAGCCUCGCUAUGGAGGCUUCAUUUUGGAUGAGGCUGAGGUGGAUGACGAAGUGGAAGAAGAGGAAGAGUGGGAAGAAGGUGCAGAGGACAUCAUUGAUCGCACAAGACCCAAUGAGGAAAACACUUCCCGUGACAUUGACAGUCACCGUAGAUUGCAGAUGAUGUGGACGUCUCAAAAAGAGGAUGAAAUUGAAGAUUACUAUAGAAGGAAGUAUGCUGAAUCUUCUGCCGCUGAAAAAGGAUAUGGUGAUGGCGGUGAUCAUGAACUGCCAGACGAGAUCGCACAACAAACACUUUUGCCUGGUGUCAAGGAUCCAAACUUGUGGAUGGUCAAAUGUCGAAUCGGUGAAGAAAAAUCAACAGUUCUUUUGCUCAUGAGGAAAUUCAUUGCUUAUCAGUAUACUGAAGAGCCUUUGCAAAUCAAAAGUGUGGUGGCUCCUGAAGGAGUGAAAGGUUAUAUUUAUAUUGAGGCCUACAAACAAACUCAUGUUAAACAAGCCAUCGCUGGCGUUGGCAACUUACGCAUGGGACAAUACCAACAGAUGAUGGUCCCCAUCAAAGAGAUGACGGAUGUGUUGCGUGUGACAAAGGAGCAGGCCCAACUGAAGCCAAAGCAGUGGGUUCGACUCAAGAGAGGUCUCUACAAAGAUGAUCUUGCACAGGUAGAUUUUGUAAACAUGGCCCAGAAUUUCGUCCAUCUGAAGUUGAUUCCUCGAGUCGACUACACGAAGAAGAGGGGAGCCCUGCGCUCGAAUAAUGAGCAAGAGAAGCGCAAGAAAGGUCGCAAGCCGGUGGCCAAGCUAUUUGAUGUGGAUGCUAUCAGAGCUCUUGGGGGAGAAGUGUCUACAGAUGGUGAUUACCUGAUCUUUGAAGGAAAUCGUUACAGUCGUAAAGGCUUUCUUUAUAAGAGUUUUGCUAGGUCUGCCCUUAUUGUCGAUGGCGUCAAACCCACUCUUUCAGAAUUGGAAAAGUUUGCGGAGAAGAGCGACACGAGGAGCAUGGAAAUUGAGUUGAGCGAGACUGCUCAAGACGAAGCCGGCCACAGCUUCAGUCCGGGAGACAAUGUGGAAGUCUGUGAGGGUGAGUUGAUCCAUCUUCAAGGCCGAGUGAUUGCCGUGGAUGGAAACAAAGUCACCAUGCUGCCCUCCCAUGAAGAUCUGAAGGAACCUCUGGAAUUUCCAGCCCAUGAGUUGAGGAAAUACUUCAAGAUGGGAGACCAUGUGAAGGUCAUCUCUGGCACCUACGAAGGGGACACGGGGCUCAUCGUCAGAGUCACAGAUAACUUCGUACUGCUCUUUUCGGAUCUCACCAUGCACGAGCUAAAAGUACGUCCACAAGAUCUUCAACUGUGCACAGACAUGGCCACCGGAGUGGAUUCCUUAGGACAGUUUCAGUGGGGUGACUUGGUACUACUGGACGCACAAACUGUGGGAGUGAUUGUUCGACUUGAAAAGGAAAAUUUCCACAUCUUAAACAUGCAUGGAAAUGUAGUGAAAGUAAAACACCAGAGUGUGAGUAAACGGAAAGACACAAGGCGGGCCGUGUCCUUGGACUCCGAACAGAACCAGAUUCAGGUCAGGGACGUGGUCAAGGUCAUUGACGGGCCCCAUUCGGGUCGCCAGGGAGAGAUCAAGCAUUUGUACAGAAGUUUUGCCUUCCUCCAUUCUCGUAUGAUGAUGGAAAAUGGUGGCGUCUUUGUCUGCAAGACACGUCAUCUGGUGCUGGCUGGAGCGGGCAGUGGCCAUGCCAGGCCCUUGACCGAAAUAAACAUGAGGUCCCCAUUCCAUGCCGCGUCUCCUCGCCUCAACAGCCCCAUGCAUCCCUCGGGUGGUGGGGGCAAAUCACCUGGUGGUGCUGGGGCUGGUAACCUGGGCCUGGGAGGUGCAGGCAGGGGACGAAACAGGAGGGACACGGAACUCAUCGGCCAGACCAUAAAGAUCACCCAGGGGCCGUACAAAGGACAUAUUGGCAUUGUGAAAGAUGCCACAGAAGCCACAGCAAGAGUGGAACUUCAUUCCAAGUGUCAGACAAUUUCUGUCGACAGGAGUCGAUUGGCUGUCGUCGGGGGCCCGAGCAAGGGCAAUGUGUCGAGCUACAGUCGAACACCCAUCUAUGGAAGCCAGACGCCCAUGUAUGGAGCUGGAUCUAGGACACCAAUGUACGGCUCUCAGACACCGCAAUAUGAAGCUGGCAGUCGUACACCUCACUAUGGCAGCCAGACACCCCUACAUGAAGGAAACCGCACCCCAAGUCAUGGAGGAGCAUGGGAUCCUUCCAAUGCUAACACCCCCGCAAGGGGCAAUGCAGACUUUGAAGAUUACCCCUUCGAAGAACAGUCGCCAUCUUACAACCCGGGCACCCCUGGAUACCAGCCAGAGACUCCCCAGGGUGGACCCUAUACCCCUCAGACCCCUGGAGGUUCUGCCCUCUACAACUCUGACCACAACUACUCACCCUUUCAACAGACGCCAUCACCUAACACAUAUCCAGCAACUACUCCUAGUCCAUCUGCUUAUGCAGCGACACCCUCCCCUGCAGGUUAUGCUGCCACUCCUUCUCCCGGUGGUUACGGUUACAGUCCGAUGAAUCAAGGAGCACCGGCGACACCUGGAAGUGCCAUGGACCCCUCAUCUGUAGAAUGGCAGACACCAGACAUUGAAGUGGUCAUCAGGGACACUCACGGUGAUGACGGCCUAAGUGGACAGACCGGCAUCAUCCGGGGAAUAUCGGGUGGGAUGUGUUCCGUUUUUCUUCCACAAGAAGAUCGCACAGUCACCAUACAAGGAGAGCACCUGGAGCCUGUAGCCCCGAAGCCAGGGGAUAAGGUGAAAGUGAUCUUGGGCGACGAUCGAGAGCAGACGGGAGUCCUGCUGAGCGUGGAUCACCCGGACGGUGUGGUGAAAUUCGGACCCAACGUUUUCAGGCUGCUCAACUUAACAUUCCUGUGCAAAAUGAAGAACUGAGCUGGCGUCAUUCGUGUAGAGAGAUAAUAAUUAUGUUGUGUAUGAUCAAUGGACAUUAUAUGUUUUUAUAAUAAACUGACAUUUGUCUUA